ACGUUUUUCGGUCGCACGCUUUCAAUCGGUCGUAGCACCGUGACGAUAAUUAUUUUUUUUUUCUUGUAUAUAUAAUAUAUUUUAUUAUUGUCGAUUUUUGUCGUCGUCUUCGGUUGUGAUCAAAUCUCUAUCCGUUCUCUUCGCGUGUUGUAUAACAAUUGUAACGAUGGCAACAUUCGGUAUCCGACCGGAUAGCGUCGAGAAGAAGGUGCGAAAGGUGAUCGCGAUGGCGGAGGCCAGUGCGAGGAUCCAUCCGGACAAGAAGCCGAUGAAGAGGACGAACAGGGUCGCCCUCAAACAGUUCAACGAAAACGAUGCGAAAAGAGUGAAACUCUCGAACGUCGUCCACACGAAACAGAAUUUGUGUAUAAAUAAGCCAUGUAAGACGAUUGUAAGAUGCGAAACCGAUUACGUCGAGGAGAAGGAGGACGAAGAGGAGGAUCAACGAAACGAGGAGGCGGUCGCGCUCUUCGAAAGUCUCGAGUCCGAUUUGAAGAAGCUGAGGUCGGAGUGCGAAAGGGAGGCGAAGGAGACGGAGAUCGCUCUCUGCAGGAAGGGAAACUUCGUGCCAGACAUCGAAUACCAUUUCGAGUAUCUGAACGAUAUCUGGCUUUACCUGAUCAACAUGGAGAACACUGUGAAAUGGCCGAAACCGAAUUACAUGGUCAAACAGCAGCAUCUCAACAGCACCAUGAGGAGCGUCCUCGUGGAUUGGCUCGUCGCCGUCAGCGAAGAGUACAAGAUGAGCGAUCAAACGCUUCAUCUCACCAUCAACUACAUCGACAGAUUUCUCAGUCACAUGCUAGUGGUGAAGGAUAAAUUCCAAUUGCUCGGUUCUGCGGCGAUGAUGCUGGCCGGUAAAAUAGAGGACGUGUAUCCGCCGGACGCGAAGGAAUGGGCCUACCUCUCCGGAAACUCCUACUCUAGUCAGCAGGUCCUGAAAAUGGAGCAGCUCAUCCUGAAGGUCCUCAACUUCGACCUGCAGCCUCCCACCGCUUUAGCGUUCAUCCAGCAUCUCUGCGUCACCCAUAAGCUGGACAAGGAGACGAUGUAUUUGGCGAUGUAUUUCAGUGAGCUGGUGCUUUUGGAAGGAGAAGACUAUUUGCAGUAUCUUCCAUCGAAGUUGGCGUCGGCGUCGAUAGCUCUGGCCCGAUUCACUCUGUCGAAGAGGAAUCCGUGGCCGAGGAAGCUGGAAGCGUCCAGCGGUUACACGCUGAAGCAGCUGAGUCCGGUCGUCCACAAGCAGAAUCGCACCUUCAAUCAAUCGCCGAUAAAACCCCAGCAGGCCAUCCAGACGAAGUACCAGACGGACGUCUACCAUCGGGUCGCCCUUCUCAAACCGAAGAUCCUCAAUCUCGACGAAACCGAGGAUUAAAAAAAACCACCUGGAGGCAACGAGAGAGAUGAAGAAGAAAACAAAAAAAAAACGAACUUUUACAUUGUGAUUAUUAUUUAUAGUAACUUAUUUAUUUAAAACCCCCCUUCCCCCAUGAAAAGAAAAGGAAAAGAAAGAUGGAGAAGAAGGGAAAGCUAUCGUCUUUUGUGAAAGAAUCAAUCAUUUUCUUUCGAACUUGUAAUAUUUCCUUUUCCUCUUCUCGUUAUUAUUUUCUUUCUUUUCUUUUUCUUCGCAUACCAUUACGUGUACAAUACUUGUAUAUUCUUAUGUUAUACCCAAACCCCUUACACGCAAACCGCAUACCGUUUCCGUUUAUUAAUCUCACUCACUAUAUAUUUAUUAUUAUUAUUUUGUCUUAACUUAAGUGUACAAAACAAAAAAAAAUGAAGAUAAUUAUAAUGAUACUAACAAUCUCCUGACGACGUACGAAUGUAAUGGAUUUAUCUUUUAUAUGUCUGUAUGAAGAGAAAAUUAUGUGUGUGUCUCCGUGUGCGCGCGUACUGUAAUAAGCGAUUUAUUAUCUUUCUGCUGUAGCUUCUGAAGCUGCACUUGAAACCCCCCCCCCACGCCCUUCGUGUAUCUAAAACAAUAUUACUACUUUUUUUUUUAUAAAAAAAAAAUAAACUUUUGUUGUUGCAUAUUA